AUGGGCAAAUCUCAGUCCAAGCUCUCCCAGGAGCAGCUAGCUGAACUGCAGAAGUCCACCCAUUUCGACAAGAAGGAAUUGCAGCAGUGGUACAAGGGCUUCCUCAAGGACUGCCCCUCGGGCAUGCUCACCAAAGAAGAGUUCCAGAAGAUAUAUAGGCAAUUCUUCCCCUUUGGCGAUCCAAGUUCAUUUGCAGAUUAUGUCUUCAACGUCUUUGACAGCGACAAGUCCGGUAGUAUCGACUUCAAGGAGUUUAUCUGCGCCCUCAGUGUUACCAGCCGAGGCAAGAUGGAGGACAAACUCGACUGGGCUUUCCAGCUGUACGACAUUGACGGGGACGGAAAGAUCAGUUACGACGAGAUGCUUAAGAUCGUCGAGGCAAUUUACAAGAUGGUGGGCUCCAUGGUUAAGCUACCUGAAGACGAAGACACCCCCGAGAAACGUGUACGGAAAAUCUUCCGCAUGAUGGACAAGGACGAGAACGGCAGCCUGGACAUGGAAGAAUUCAAGGAGGGAAGCAAACGUGACGAGACCAUUGUAUCGGCACUGUCUCUCUACGACGGCCUGGUGUAG